CGAGAUUGUCAACGCAGCGAGUCGUGGUGAACAGCGUUGAUGCUCGACCUUUAGCCGGGGUCAAGGUACUUCAAAAAGUCGCCGGAUUUGACACUGACCGGGGUCGAGCUCCACCGGCACAGUAGCAGCCUCAGAUCUCGUGAAGGUCGCUUCGCAAUGCCGAGUGGACCGCGACUGGUUUCGUGCAUUUAUUACGCUGGUGAUAUUGAACUUAGCUCGGAGGUGCCACACCUAUUACCUAGUAGAGUGGCGGAGUAUCAUGGCACGUAUGACCGUAAAAUGGGUCUCAUAGAUGGCUCACUCACAACGUUUCGUUGAAACCGUACCGCGGGAUGAUCUUGGUUUUGUAUGCUAUACUAAUACUAUACGUCUCCGGUGUUCUUCUCGGGAGAAGGCAGCGCCAACUUGAAGAUGUUGUGUCCAGCUAAAUAUAAGUUACCAAGGAGGCGUUGUAAUGUGCUCUGGAAUGACUCGGGAGAAUAUAUGCC